AUGACUGGUAUAAAGUUCGCUCGUUUUCCGUUAAAUAUCUGUGUACCCACAUAUUUUCAGACGCGGAUUUUGUCUCUGUCACUGAUAGUGGAGUCUCCGAAGAGCACGGAGGAGUUCACGGCAGGUGACCUGGCCUUCGUGUUGUGGUACUUAAAGUACAACAUCAAUGCGCAGGCGCCGAACUUCAGACAACUCACUCUGUCCUGUAUGAAAAAGUUCAUGAAACGUUUAGAAGACAGCUACAAAGUUAUCAAAAGGCAAAGAGAAUCGAACUCCGUCAACAAUAAGGUUGAAUAUUACUUGCGUUUCGUGGACCAGCUUCGGCAGCAGUGCUUUGACAGUUUGUUACCGGGGACCAACUACAGUCGUCGGAACGUCGCCCUGCAGCUAUUGGUUUGGACUCAUCGACUUCAUUUGGAUGGAUAUAUUGGAGCAUGGACUCCGGAUUAUGUGGAAAAGCUCCUUCUCCAUCUAGAAGAUAGCUACGAGAACAACAAGGCCUUUGCUCUUGAAGUAUUGGAUGGGUGUCCACUUGACCUGCUCAAG